UUAAAGAUCGCUUUCAUCCUUUUCUUUGGUUGGGUUUGACAGUCAAACUGUCACAUUUGCUUAUCUCCCCCCUCAAUUUCUUUAGGCGGAAGCUGUGACACUGGGGGAUGGGAGAGAAAAGGUUUUCAGACUAACAGGAAACACUUUUACAUCUCAGAUGCUGCUGCCUCUACCACAAGCACAUUCUUAAUGAGCAAGUAAGUGGAUGGGCACGGGCCUCUCUCCUCCCUCCAUCUGUGCUGUCUCCUCAUGCUUACAGACCGUUUGUUUGGGACAACGUCGGCACGUCAGCCUGCAAUUUCAGACUCAACCCCGGAGGCUGAAGCGGCUGAGGGCAGGUGACUGGCCUGGGGGAGCUGGUGAGAAGAUAUGGGGUGCUGUAGCAUGAGCGCCCGGCGAGCUGCGUCGGCAGGGGCAUGCCAGGAUGAGGUGGAGCUGCUGGAAAUAGGUGGCAGCAGAAAAUGGUCCAUUUCAGAAGCUCAGAGUGAAGGCUCCCUCCAUCUCAGGGACCCCGUGACCACGACAGAGACAGAAGGUAACCUGAGGCUAGCUGAAGAGGAAGAUUUUCAGGGGAGGAUCAGAGAGCUGAACCCACAGGCAGAAGUGUUGUGGGGGAGAACACGGGAGGAACUAAGGAACUUCCUAUUCACACAGCCCAUCACUGGCUGGGAAGGGAGGAGCAUCCACUCUCUUGGGGAAAUAGUAUGGUCCUCAUUGGUUCUUAUGCGCAGCUGUCACAUGGAGGAGAUGUCUGAACAGUACAUUGUGCUGUUCCCCUUCCAGCUGUUGAUUCUAUCAGUGGAUCACAUGAAGAAGAUGUUUAUCUACCAGGGCCUGCUUCCACUCGCGGGGAUGAGAGUGAGGGAUGUGCCAAGUGACACUGGCUGCAUGUUUGAAAUUACUGGCCCCAUGAUAGAAUCCAGGAUCAUCUCAUGCCUGAGUCCAGCUGAAUUCCACAUCUGGAUUCUCAGCAUCCAGCAGCACAUCAAGAUGGCAAAUGCUCACUGUCCAGCCCACCCCAGCAAUAUCAUUCCUUUCCUGGUUCCAUGUGAUGAGCAGUGGAAGAAACUGAAGUUGAUGAAGCAUCUGUUUUACACCAUCAUUCUGAAGUGGGAAGGGAAACCCAUCCAGCACCUAGGACGGAUACACUACCUGGCCAUGGUGCAGGUGGCUUAUGCCAGCAUGGGGGACUUCGAAGAGAGGCUGCUGGUGCUGUUUCCAGAAGAUCUGGUUUUCCUCUCCGUAGACAGAGAGAGAACCAGCAUUGCGUAUAAGGGAAAACUCCCCCUUGCUGCGAUCCAGGCAAAGGAGAAAUCUGCUGUCCUAGGGAGACUGGAAUUUGAAAUCACAGGAAGCCUGACGGAACCGAUCCUGGUCACCUGCUCCACCGCUGAAGAUUAUGAAAAAUGCCUCUUCUACCUACAAAAGCCUGAGCAAAACCUUGACACUGUGACUGUCCAGCCACCACCAAAGGUGCCAAAGAAAUCGCUGCACCAUUAGAACUAUGGAGCUAUGGAAAAGGCUAGCGCCCAGUGACAGCGCUGACUACAGGGGCCGAACUGAUGGCUAAGGAUGCUGGAGGAGGGAGCCCAUUGGCAAAACUAGAGAUGGACCAGAAACAACUUGAAUCCAAACCCCUUCAGACUGAGAAGACUGAAUUGUGAGUCCUCGAUUUGAACCUACCCUGUGGGGUACGGUCCCUGGCUGGACUCAUUCAUUUGUGCACAGAUUAGCUGCUGUUCCUGAUGGCCUGUUGGAACCUCCUAGAUAUAAUCCCAGUUGAUCAGACUCCUGGGGGAGAAAUCCUUCCUGGUUUGAUCACUUUAUUUAUGGGCUGCUGCUUCUUGGACAGAGAAAUAACCUAAGGUAUUGUGUAAAUAGGAUGACUAAAACCCAUCAGCCCAAGCCUUGUGCAGAAGGGAGCAUUCAUGUUAUAGAGUCAGAGCUUUUAAGGCCAGAUGGGACCGCCCAGUUAUCUAGGCUGACCUCCAGUAUAGCACGGGCCGCCAACACCUGCACACGAAACCCAGCACCCUGAAAGAGACUAAAGUAUCACAGCCCAGAGGAGACUAGACAAGUAUGUGCCACAGGCAGAGAUUAGGAGGGAUGGAGGUGCACCAGUGUCUGAGGCCCCUGAAGAAGUAGGGAAAUAAUCAAGUGUGAUAUACCUGGAUAAUCCUGACUAGUGACCCAUACCCACAUACUGCAGAGGAAGCUGAAACCCCCCCCCCCCGCCCCACGCGGUCACUGCCAAUCUGAGUUGGGGGCAAAUUCCUUCCCGGCCCUACAUAUGGUGAUCAGCUAGACCCUGAGCAUGUGAGCGACAACCAGCCAGCCAAGCAUCUGAGAGAGAGAGAGUGCUCGGUGUCAUGUCAGAGACCUAGCCCUCCCCAGCCAAUGUCCCCUCUCCAGCCAUGGCCAUCCUGUAUGCUUCCAAAGAAAGAGAUUGAUAAAAAGAAAACUGGGAUACAUUGGGGAGCGGAGGGAAUCCCUUCCUGACCCCUGCAGGUGGCUGGCUGAAGCCCUAUGCAUGAGCUUUUAGAUGUAAAUCAGAAGCGACCCAAAGGGCUGCCCAGUCCUGCCCCCCACCCUCACAAGGAACCCCAUCACACAAUCCCACUCAAAAAUUUGUCCAGCUCUCUCUCAGAACUAAUUAAGUUGUUUGCCUCACAGCGCCUAUUGGGAGGCUGUCCCAGGACCUUACUCCUCGGAUGGUUAGAAACUUUCUAAUUCCCAGCCUGAAUUGGUUUAGGGCCAGUUUAGCCCCAUUUGUUCUUGUCCUAACAUUGUCCUUUAUCUUAAAUAGCUCUUCUCCCUCCCUGGUGUUUAUCCUUCCCCCCUCCCCCUUGAUGUAUUUAAAGAGAGUAAUUGGGUCACUUCCCUAGUCCCCAGUUAGUAUGAGGCAGUGGUCCGUGCUAGCUGUGGAUCGGCUCCCUGAAACCACCAGCCUCUGGCAACACGAGCACUCCCGUCCAGGCUUCCACUGGCCUCACGCUCUCUCUCUCUCUGUGGGUUAGCAAUAAGCACACACCGACCUGAGUCCUCUGAGCAUCCCUCUGGAGCAUGCCCCUGGUCCACUGAGGACUCCCAGAACUCUCAGAUGCGUUAUUCCCAAAGGAACAGUGUAAUCUAGCUUGCAAAAUUCAAGUCAGGAGCCCCACUUUACUGAGCACAAUACACUUAGAUAUGUAUAUAUAUAGAGAGAGAAAAAACAAGAAUACGUUUAUUAUUAAAAACAGAGAUUCAAGUGAUCGUGAGUAAGAAUAUUGGACACAAAUAACAAAAUCAUACCAUACUUCCUAGAGCCUAAACUUAACUAACAAUUACAAGGCAUUCCCCUGUCUCCUACAAAAUAGGUUAUCCUGAGUCCUUUCCCCAGUAUUUUCAAUCAAAUGGAUCGAGACCCCCUUUUCACAAAAUCAAGCCUGCUGGCAGCUUGUCUUCAUGGAAGGAGCCCAGGGUUUCUUUCUGCUCCCCCAACUAUACUAGAACAAAUCUUUGAUGGUCACCUUACAAUAGGGUCCUCCCACUUGCCCUGUUUAUCUCUUCCUGCUAAUUUCCUUCUGAAGUCUCUGCCAGCACUUCAAAAACAUUUGACUCAACAUGGUAAUAGAUUGUAUUGUGUGACACACACUACCCUGUGGUCCACCAGGGAGAAGUUUGUCUCAAGACACGCUACCUUUCACUGACCUGCUUUUACCUACAGCCCUAGCAAACAUAUUUUUAGUAUAUAAACACAAUUCCUUACAUAUUCUCUGUCCAUACGUCUCACAAUGAUUAGGAUGACCAGUGCAACACAGGCUUCCAGUAGAGAACUACACCAUCACUUUUGAUGAACCCAUGGGAUCUCUGUGCCCCUGUGUGCCCAUUCCCUGUGCCAGUUGGCAUCAAGAGCAUCCUUGGGUCACAGUAAUCAUAUCUCCUCCUUUUUGCUAGGCCAAACAAGCCAAGUUCUUCCAGUCGCCUCUCAUAAGAUAGGCCCUCCAUUCCUUUGAUCAUCCCAGUAGCUUUUCUCUGCAUCUCUUCUAGUUCGUAUUUAUCUGCCAUGAACAUAGACCUGUCUCUUCCUGGUUUUGGUGUGAAUCUAUUUUAUGUCCUGUCUUGCAGUUCCCUGUACCUCAUCCUCAUUUUUCCUUAGGCUCUGGUCCCUGGCUAUCUCUAUCAUCUCUUACUUUCUUCCGCAGGGACUGGCUUCCCUUCUUUCCUUCCUCACCACCCCACUGUCUGCCUGUUUCUCCUUCUCAUACCCCCGUGCAGCAAACCUGUUACUCAAGCACCACUAGCUAUUCUCUUCCUCUGCUUUGUUCUCAUAGUCAUGUUCUUCCAUGGAUCACCCUCCUCUUCUGGCAUUUCACGCUUCAGGUCCUUUUGUUCAGCAGGUGUCCGCACGUCUCAGGUUGUCUGUGUCACCUGCUCUCUCCUCUCCUGCAUUAUAGAAAUCCUUGUCCGAAUUCCAUCAUCUCCAGGGGCACCUCUAAUCCUUGGAUCUUCUCUGCCAUGAGCUCUGUCAAGCGAAUUUCAUGCAUAAGUAGCUUCCCGGAGAUACCCACUCAAGGUUGACGUACAUUCUGCAGCUUCUGUAUCUGACCAUCUUCUUUGUCUUCUCGCCUCCUCAGAUCACUUCUAGUGCUGCCUCAGUAGCCUUUGCCUUCCUUUCCUAGACCCUAUUCCUAGAAAAAAAGAAAUGGGGGACAACCCAAACUGCCACAGAAAUGCUGAUCUCUGCUGUUAGCUGCUAGCUGUUUGCAGUCAAGUUCACUAGUGUCUGGCUUUUAAACCUAACCAAGCGAGGUCAGCACCUCCCUUUCCAUAUUACAUCCAUAUUUAGGAGCCUAAAGCAAUGACCUGAUUUUUAAAGGUGCUGAGUCCCACAGCUCCUAUUGGCUACAGUAGUAUUGACAACACACAUUACUCAUGUAAGAGCUGAAGGAUUGGGCCCUUAAUUUUUGUUUCAAGAGCUACUCACAGUGUUUCCAGAAGUCAGCGUGAAUUCUCCAUCCAUAAGCCACUGGUCCGGGCUAUCAUCUAUAAUGUUAACUGACCACUCACCGUUUUGUUUCCUGUCAUAAACAACCAAGAGAGCUUCAGGUAACUCAGGAAAUGGUGUCCGUUUCUAAGAAAUUUGCCUUUGGCUCAUAGCUUAAUCAGAGUUCUGGUCUGUUAAUGACAUCUUGUGUAUUUUCCAUAAACAGUAAAAACUGCCUUGAGAGAGGCUUGAGGGAUUGACAAAUAAUAGGUGCUGGACGGAGGUGGCUUUUCUGAUAAAAAGAGAACUACUGAAUGCAAUAUGCUUGAGACAUUCUAGGGGUCACUCUCUUAGGGUCAAGAUAGUUUCCAGGGAGGGUAGUGUCUUGUAUAGAAUCAUAGAACUGGAAGGGACCUCGAGAGGUCAUCAAGGCAGGACUAAGUAUUAUCUUGACCAUCCCUGACAGGUGUUUGUCAAACCUGCUCUUAAAUAUCCCCAAUGAUGGAGAUUCCACAACCUCCCUGCGCAAUUUAUUCCAGUGCUUAACGACUCUGACAGUUAGGAUGUUUUUCCUAAUAUCCAACCUAAACCUCCCUUGCUGCAAUUUAAGCCCAUUGCUUCUUGUCGUGACCUCAGAGGUUAAGAACAAUUUUUCUCCCUCCUCCUUGUAAACAACCUUUAAUGUACUUGAAAAUACUAUACAUAUACUUUUGUAUAGGUGUCAUUGUGUAUUGUAGGGAGAGAGCUCUCUGAACGGAAACCGUAAUGUAUGAAGAUUUCUUUGCCUAGGGACUCUGAACGGGUAACCUUUGUUUUCUUUGAACCACGUCUCAAUCAUCUGUUGCUGAAAUGCCCCAGGAGUUAUAAUCAUGCACAGUUAGGGGUUUCCCCCCUGAAUCAGAACCAUGAGAUGCCAAGAAAUGAACUGAUUUUUUCGUCAAUAAUAAGUCCUUGGGCAAGCAGUUAGAUAGGUAGGAAGUAGAAAUGUUUCUUGAGCCAGGCAUAAAGUGGAUGGGCCACUCUGCAAACUUCCCCCAGGUACUGUAGGUGUGUUCAAUGCAUCAUUACGAACAGACAGUGCCACCUGCUAGUCCAUCAAGAGUUGAGACUGUUCUCCUAGUCCCCAGCCCAUCAAACAGUUUUGCUUCUCUGUCUUGACCAUGUUAGCAUUAUUUAAGCACUGAUCUUCAGCUCUGAUGGUACUAAGUAGCUGGAAAGCUGGCUUUCCCAGCUGCCUGGAAAUCCCCACUUCCUAAAGCAGAGGAGGUGGUGAGAGGGAGGGCUUGUUAGAAUAAUAGAUGAUACUGCUGGGUUGGACUGUUGGCAGAGCUGUUGGAGGGCACAGACAGGGCCAGAUUAAGAUUAUGAGAGGGCCUAAGGCUAAUGGGAGGAAAGGACCUAAGUAUGAAUGACAUUCUUUAUUUAUGUAAAAUUAGCAAGUUUAUUCUACUCUCACGACACUCAAUUCUUCAAACAGAUACUUCUGAGUAAGAGGUAGCAUGAGGGAUGCGACGGUAUCCUUCUUCUGGGCCUCCUUCCUCCGAGCUAGUGGGGUGCUCCUCUGUAUGAGGGUGAACACUGCAACGUCCCCCAUCCUGCUCACCUCUUUCAGCUUUGCGCUUCUACCCUCACCUCUCCUCCUGCACAGUGCAAAGCCAAGCCCUUCAGUGUUUCCCCCAAGCUAUGGCCUUUACACCACACAUCCCAUCUCACUCUGACUGCACUCUGGGAGGUUUUUUGUUAUGUAAAAGAAAACCACUCAGGAGUAAAAUCCACUGAAGUAGAGGAAGUAGUAGUGGGAAAAUGACAUUGGGUGGCAUUGUAUUUUAGGCUGUCUUGCUCUGAAAGCUGCAUCCCAGUGUUGCAGUGGCUGAGGACAAUGAAUUACUGUUUUCACAUUGAACCCAAAUAUUAUUUGUGGGAUGAUACCCAGUGUGUGUAGUUAAUCUCCAGUGAUUCACCACAUCAGGCCAUUCUGUCACCAAGCUCUUCCACAAUUAGAAUCAUAUAAUAGAAUCAUAGGACUGAAAGGGACCUCGAGAGGUCAUCUAGUCCGGUCCCCUGCACUCAUGGCAGGACUAAGUAUCUAUUCUGGAAUGUGUGAUCAGCAGCUCUGACAUGAGGUUUUUUAAGCAUGAGUUCUGUGUGCACCAGCCCCCUAUGGUUUGCAUUUGUUUUAAACUUUCUGUAAGAAAAAGGUAACAGCUAGAAGUGACACAGAUCUUUAGAUGGCUGCCGGUCAUAAGAUUUAGCACUUCUGUACUAUGUUAGCUCUUCAGAAUCACUGUACAAAUAUUAAACAAACUUAAUCUUAAGA